CGAUUCCUGUCAGUAGCAAAAAGUUUUUCGGUUUAGCAAGUACUUUACAACAUUAAACCAGAUGAAAAUAUACAUUAACAGAUAGACCAGAUGAAAAAACCAGAUGAAAAAAAACAUUGGUAAACCAGAUCAUAGAUUGAAGAGUUAGAUAAAAACACAAGGCCUCUUUUUCUUUUUACUACCUCCAAACCCACGUGGCAGCUUUUGUCCCAUGAGAAUACAGAUAGCUACAGUUGUGUGAUGGUUUUCUUCACCUGUAAUGCGUGUGGAGCCUCUCUGAAGAAGAAUCAAGUUGAAAAACACUAUCAGAGUCAAUGCAGAAGUUGUGAGGUGCUCUCAUGCAUGGACUGUGGGAAAGAUUUCUUUGGCAAUGAGUAUGCCUCACACACCAAGUGCAUCUCUGAGGCUGAGAAGUACCAAGGUGCUCUGUUUGGUGGAGGAGGAGCUACCAAGGGAGAGAAGAAGCAAGAGGAAUGGUUGGAGAGAGUGAAGCAAUCGAGUUCUACUGCUAAAGUUUCUGGCCGAGUUGCGUCUCUGCUGGAAAAGAUUGCUGAAUAUCCAAAUGUACCACGCAAGAGAAAAAAGUUUGAAAACUUUGUACGAAACAGUAUUAAUGUCCGUGACGAAACCACAUUAUCUCAAGUAUGGGACGCCUUCAAUGAAGCAACCAAAGCAACUGCAGUACCGCCUCAGAGUAAUGGCGACAACAAGACUGAUCCAUCACCCAACCCUCCAGCACAUGAUGACAUAGCUAAUGGAACAGAAGCUGACGAUACACUCACAACUUCUACAGCUGUGCUUGAAGUCAGUGAACUAACAAAAAAGAAAAAGAAAUCUAAGAAAUGUCCAAUGGAACUGGAAGAUUUGUCUACAGAACAAACUUUGCAAGAAAACGACAGUGGAGAUAAAAAGAAGAAAAAGAAAAAAUCCAAGAAGCAUGCUGAAAGCAAAGAUGUUGUUGAUUGCUGCCAGUUAAACGGCACUGUUGAUAUAAAAAAAAAGGAUCGUAAACGAAAUCAUGGAGGUGAAGAUAUUCAAUUCAGAACUAAAAAGCCUAAAAGAACAGACUCUUAAUUAUUUGUGUAAGAAAAAACCAUGCCUUUGUUUUUUU